GUAAAAGCUGGUGACUCCCUAAUGAGCAUUGCCGCGCGCGUCGGCACUGUGACGCCGGCUCAACUUGCACGUUUUAAUCGACUGGGAAUGCUUGGUGCUACCCAUCCUCCUCUCUUUCCUGGUCAGAAACUGUACAUACCGAAUAAGGACGAAGUCAGUGCCCAGAAUGUCCGUCUGCGCCACCUGCCCGGGACGGCAACUCGCGUUCACUGCCUAUCCACCGGGUCGACGGAUCUCGCCUCACCCACCGGCAGAUCAGACCCCCUCAAAAUCGGGUCUGUCUCGUCGUCCAGGGCUUCAACCGUACCUUCCACGUCUCAACCGAGCGGCCGCGAGGCUGUCAUGGAGAAGUUGUUCGUCAAGAUCGACGCCAAACGCGUGCUUCAGCCUUCAAAGAACCGUUGGUCCCUUAGUCGACACAGAAUGAUUCGCGAAUACGUCGGUCAAUCGCGGUCCAGUCCAAACCCCUCAAAUGCCCAUCGCAGUGGUGUUGCUGCCUUCUGCAAUCUGGUUAUUCGCAGCCUUCCAAAACCGUCGUCUUUUUGCUUCGAAUACCGACUAUCUGCCGAACGUUGCCAAGUCGAUGGCGUGCUCAUCAUCACCCCAGACGCCGUCUGCUUCGACGCCACGGCGACGGCCAGCGCGUUGACGAGGGCAACAGCUGCCAGAAGAAGCAUCCACCCGCACUCUCCCGCCAACGACUCGUCACGGGGUGACGAAAUCGGGGAGGCCGGCUCACCGCGCGUCCACUCGCCUGCCCCCGAGCCCGUCCUGGAAGCGGCGGACCCUGUCCACGACGUGCUCGCCCUCUCCGUGUGCAUCCCCAUUGGAGCCGUCGUCUCGCUCAACACCCACGGGGACGUGAAUAAUCUCCUUUCUGGUUGUCGUUCAAAAGCCCCCAUAACCGCACCGUCGAAGGUGGAUCUUCCUGAUCCUGCUCAGGCGGCCGAUAUCCUCUCAGACAAGUCCAUUCCUACAUCCAAAGGUGGCGCCUCCAUUGCUGUUCUGCUGAUUUUCCUUCUUCUUCGUGUUCUGCUGAGUGCAUGCAACCUGUGCUUCGAGUUGGCUGGUGUGCUCGCUAUGGACGAAGCCGAGGGAGUUACGCCGAGGGGGAAUUCCAGCGAAGACCCAGACCAGAGGGAACGUCUUCACGAGGUGGAGGAGGAGGAGGAGGGGGAGGUCUUCAUUUCAAUCGGCGUCGACACCGAACGGAUCCUGUCCUCUGUUCCUCCCGUCUCCGCUUCCGACCAAACCACCCUCCACGAAGCUGCCUCCAGCAGUCUUCAUGUAUUUAAAAUUCCCCUUGACAAACUCGCCGAAAUCCAUGACAUCCUGGUGACCGCGACCAACUUGGCUGCCAGUCAGGUGGCAUCGCCGGAACAGGAGGAGAGUCGCAAGGCCCUUCUGAGCCCACGAAGGCGUGAAGUACACAACAUUAGGUCAAUCUUCUUCACCUGGACUGCCUAUUAUACUCUUGUGUUACCCGUUUCACAGGACCGAAAACGCCCACCAAGUAUGAUCGAAUCUGCUCUCGAAGAGAUGGCGUGUGACUCUAUCGAACUGACCCUCGUUGGCGGCACGAGCUCUAUUCUGGAUGAAGCGAUGCUGAAAGAUGUAAGUUGCUGCGCCCGGGGCUCUAGACGUUCACUAGACCUACUUCGGUAUCUCCUUAUUGAGGACGUAGAUACGCGAAUGAGACCUCAGCACGGUCGCCGCUGUUCCUCUGAUUACGAUUUCCAACACGAAUUCACAGUGAACCCACGUCGGCCAGGGUUGGCCAGGGGCCUGCCACCAAGUCGGCUGGGCAACACGAUGAAGCUGGUAUUCUCCACGGCGAGGGAUGGUUUCAGCCUGAACACGCUCUACCGCAAAACCCAGUUCAUCCAGGACGUGAACCUCCUCCUCAUUCGCGACUACCUCGGGUCCGUGUUCGGAGCCCUGCUCUCUGAGCGCAUGCACUGCAGCCAGCACUUCUACGGCACCGGAGAGAGUUGUGUUUUUCACUGGAGGAACGGUUUCAAGUGCUACAACUGGACAAAGAAGAACUACUUCUUCAUGCAAGGCUCCCACAACAGUUUCCUAAUCGGAGCUAAGAGCGGUCACAGCGCUAUUUGGUUCGACGGUGACCUCAAGUACGGCCGCAGCGAAGCCACCGACACCUUCGAUAACCCCGUUCUUUGCAGCAUACCGACCGCUAGCAAACUCAGGAUUCAGCGUGAAAAGAACAAGGCCAACUCACUUGUGCCCUCUCCCUCGACAAACUCUCUUCACGACACAACUAGCGUAGCCUUUGUUAUCGACGCUCUUGAGGUGUGGGAGAUGAUUGCGUGA